UUGAGUGUGAUGAAUGACGUGUUGAGUGACUAGUGAUAGUGGGCGGGGCCAGUAAAGCUGAUGAUCACUGAUAAGAGCUGAAGAAAGAGGAAGAAAGUCAAGCAGUCACAUGUAGAGACACACAGACAACAUUCAGCAUCAAGAAGAUCAACAGAGCUGCUGUGAAGCUGAACUCAAGUCACAAUGAACAUCCUCCUCAUCUUCACUUUCUUCAUCAUCUCAGGUGCUGUGAGAUGCUUCGAUGUGAUUGGAUAUUCUGGAGGAAGUGUUCUUGUGGAUUCACACAAACCUUGGUAUACUGAUGUUAAACAAUAUCUAUAUACAUGGCAGAAUAAUAAAUGGAAUAUCCUAAUAAAAAAUGAGGACAGUCGUAAAUGGAUUAAAGAGAGAAGAUUCACACUGUUCUGCACAGAAAACGGACACUUGAUGAUCUUCAUCAGAGAUCUCAACACACAGGAUUCUGGAACAUACCGGAUUGGGGUUGAAGACAAAUGGUCCACUAAAAUGAGUCUGAAAGUGACAGAAGAUUCAUGUUGUGGGGCGUCACAGAGAGUGAUGGUGAAUACUGGACAAACUGCAAACUUCACAUGUCAAUAUUCACAAGAUUAUAAAACUAAUGAGAAGAUGAUAUUUAAAAAGGGAAAUGAAAUGAUUGAGACAUUUAUUUCCACCACUAAUGUAAAGACAAAAAAGGAAAGAAUGAACAUUCACGAUGACACACAAAUCGAUCUCUUGAGUGUGAGAAUAACUGAUGUGAGAUCAGAAGAUGCAGGAGUUUAUUUAUGUGGAGUUUAUCUCAACAAAACCUCCUACAGUUACUCCAUUCUUACUGCUGUUCAUCUUCACAUUAUGAUGCCUCCAGUGUUUGGAGAUGAAGGAGGAUCUGCUCACGUCAUCUGUCCUUAUGAUCCCAUCUAUAAAUCAAAGUCCAAAAAACUGUUGAAGAGUUGUAGAGAUGAAAAGACUCUCAUGGAGAUGAACAGAUGGAGUGUGAAUGAUGACAUGACAGCAAGUGUGUUUAGUGUGAACAUCACUGGACUGACAGCAGAGGAUGCUGGGAAAUACUGCUGUGCAGUGACAUUAGAAACAGACGUGAUUUAUCUUUACACUCAUCUCAUUAUUCUCAUCAAACAGGAGCUUCUCUUGAAUAAGCGUGAAGGAGACAACAUGUCAAUGGAGUGCAAACAUCACGCUGAAUAUCAGAAAGUCUUCUGUAAAGCACAUGAAGUCUCAAUGUGUGUCAAUGAUGGAGUUUCAUUCCAGUGGAUCAGAGAUGAUGGAUUCUCUUUAAGUGAUGAAACAUCUACUGGAGUCUUUACUGUAAACAUCAGUCAUCUGAGAGAAGAGCAUUCUGGGAUAUACUGGUGUGGAUCUCACAUCAUCACUAAAGUGCAUCUAAACGUCACCAGAGUUUCAGCUCUCUUCAUCAUCCUCAUCAUCACUUCUGUGAGUGUUCUGCUGCUGAUGAAAACAAUAAUUCUGCUGUUGAAUUUAGGAUUCAUCAGAAAAAUAAGCAAACCGAAGCUCCCUGACACACAUCCCAGUUUUGCGUAUUAAUUUACUAAAGUUGUUUUCAAAUUCACUUCAUUCAUGUUCUGUUGAGAAUGAGCUGAUUUUUCAUGUGUUUGUAAGAUACUCAUAUAUUUCAUUAAUAAACAGUAUUUUUUAUUUCAGGUAUGAUGUGUGUCAUUAAAGUCUAUUGUAUGAUAUGAAUGUUGUGUGUUUACUGGUCAGUGUGAGGACUAAUAUACUACAUCUGUAUAUGAGCUCAAACACUGAGAGAAAUCAUGACUAACACAUUCUAACAGUAAAACUUCAGCUCAAAUCAACAUCAUGUGUGUUUCACUCCCCCUGCUGGUUAUUAUGAGUCAUUACACAAACCUCUGACAGUGUGUCACGUGAUCAUUUCACACUAUAAUGAUCUCCUCAUAAACACUGA